ACAGCGGUGAGCGGUCAGCCAAUGAGCGUCAGGCAGUCGUCCUGGAUUAUCGGGACAAUUGCUCAGUGUCAGGUAAUUGCCACACUUUAGCAACAUGAAGACCGACCAGAUUCAGUACUCUGAGAAGUACAGCGACGACAAGUACGAGUACAGACAUGUGAUUUUACCAAGUGAUGUGGCAAAAUUAGUGCCAAAAACUCAUUUGAUGACCGAGACUGAAUGGCGCAACCUUGGUGUUCAACAGUCCCCUGGAUGGGUCCACUACCUUGUUCACAGCCCAGAGCCACAUAUCUUGCUGUUCAGGCGAGCACGCACCGACUUGGACAAGGCACAAAGAGCUGAAAAACUGGUGUAAUAAUUUUGAUCUACAUAAUACUUCCUCUCUGACGACGACAUUUUAGCAAACCUUGAUGGCUUAUUCCAAGUAGUUUCUAAAUGUUUUAACCGUUUUUUGACGGAUAUUGAUAUUAGGGUCCACUGGCAUCCGUCGAAGAUCUCGCUUAAAAAUUCAGAAUUUUCAGCCUUUCAUAGAUCAUAAGGAUACAUCUACUUGGGUUACACAAAACGUUAACAAAUGUUUAUUUUUAUACUAUAAAUUCACUUAGUUUUUAUUUUGAAGCAUCUUAGAAGAAACUAUAUACAAAAAGUUGAGUAAUAUUUUUACAAAAAGUAAUUACUAGUACAAAUGUAUGUUCUGCAUAGUGUGUAAGGUUCUGAAGACACGUUGGACUUGAUGUAGCAUAAGUUAAAAAAAAUAUAUAUACUGUACUGUAUGUGCCGAUGUGCAUUUUUUUGUAAAAAAAAAAAAAAAAAAAAUUAAAUUACUAUUUUGCAUGUUGACUUGAUAGUGCCAGUGUAAUGCAAAUAUUCAUGGAGAAUACUAUAGCACAAUUAUUCUACCAUUGCUAAAAUUUGUAUUCUUAAAAUUGCUUGUAGGACAUUUGUGAUAUUCUGAGACAAUUGAAUAUUAUUUAGUAAUCCAAGGCAGAUUAAGAUGAAGAAUGAUCUAUGAUUGGGUUGCCCCAAAAGCUAGUCAUGUAUUAUUGGCAGUAUAAUAAGUUUUUAUAAAGUUGUGCAUUUUAUAUAUUUUAUAUAGCUAUUAUUACCAUCUUUUGGAAAAAUACUUGCUAAAAAAGCUAUGAUACAUAAAGCAUAUGGCUAUUUCAGUGACAGAAUUUAUUCAAAGAUAGGCUUUCAAGCAGUAUAGGAUUAUUUGAAGCAUAGUUAUCACAUUUAUUUUAUACAGAUCUUUAAGAAAACAACGCAUAAUGUCUUUGGGGCAGCCCCAUGGAUUUUGCAUGGUGGUUAUUGUAAUUACCAAUACAAAAUUAAUUAAUUUUGUAUUGUAAAGUUAGCUUUAAAGAACAAAUCAUCAUUGUCAGUAUUUCUUAAGUGAUUUAUUAUAUAUCUUGUUUAUCUCUGUUGGUAACAUUUUCUUAUUAGGCAAAUGGUAUGAAACAGGUUUGCCAAACUUCACAAAUAAAAAAAAGAACAUCCUGGACAGCACUGCAUUUAUUUGAAACUUUAAAUUUACUGACUAAAAGAACUUAAUAAUGGUAUACUUUACACUAGAUGUUUGUGAAAAAUUGGAAAGGAAUUAAAAUACUGUAUUACUGUAUCUACACAUUUGGAAUAAGUGUGUAUGUACAUACUCGCAUAAACAUGUACACAUUUAUACAUGCACACAUUGUACUCUCAUUUGAAUGGGAUAAUUUGGUCAUGCCCCAUUCCAUCCCAAAUUCCAUUGAAUAUAGGCAUGGGCUUGACUUUUUUUUUUUAUUAGAAACUAGAUGGGGUAUCUGGUGUUCAGGUUAACUCCAAAAGCAAGGAGUGCUUGCUUAUUCACUUCAUUUAAGUGUUAGAAGCCCCAGAAUGCAAAUCUGUCAUACUAAUAUAACAGCAAAACUGUUUUGGAAAAGCAAAAAAAAUCUACUACAUGGGGGGGCCCACAUUGGAACCAGCCUCAACCUGCAUAUGACAGUAUCCUACCCCUCACCAUUCACCCUGCAAAGUCGUGCAAGGCUAGCCCCAAGUGCCUGACCUCCAAUCUUGCGCACACACACACACACACACACAAUUUUUUUUUUUUAUAUGUAUAGAUAAUGCAUUAUGUGCUUAAUGUUUUAACCUACACAUGAGAUAAGCAUGUUGUAAUGCUGCUGUUUACAAAAUUAAAACAAUCCAUGAAAAUUUGUUUAAAAUAUAUUUAAUGGGUUCCCACAUCAUUAAUAAUUGUCAAAUACUGUACUGUGCUUUUCUACAGAACUAUUUCAAAAUGCAUUCUAAGUAAUGUUUAUGGAGCAAAAUUAAAAUGUCUGCAUAUCAUAUGCUUGAUAUCUACCAGAACUUGACUAGAGGUUUGACAGUCCUUUGGAUUAUUUUGCAAACCUAUACCUUUAAUAAACUUUAUUUUUCCAA